AGGACUCUGCCGAAGAUGGUCAAGGAAAGGGUGGGACUCCUCAAAGAUGAUCUCGAGGAAAUAGUCGCAUACCUCGAGAACCUGUCAGAGGUGGAGGACCCUCCCCUGACGGCCAGGUGCUGGAUGAAAGAGGUGCGCGAGCUGUCCUACGACAUCGAGGACUACAUGGACAAGUUUAUCACUCGUCCCCGGAAGAAUGUCAAGAGCAGCAAACUGGUGGCAGAAACUAGACAUGUUAAGAUCACUCCUCUCCCAAAGAGGGUCAACAGGCACCAGAAGAUCGUCAACACGGUAUCGGACUUCAGAGUGUUUGUCCGGGAGGCCAUUGAACGGCAUGAGAGGUAUGAUCUCGAUUGUCGCAGCUUGAGGCGUAGAUGUGUGUCUGUCGGUCCUAUGCUUCAGAGGGCACCGUUCGAAGAAAUUUUUGAUGUAAUAAUUGAUGAUUGGAGGAGCGAGUUUAUCAGCUCUCUGGCUAACAAUAGGGAUCAACAACUCAAGGUGGUAUCUCUUGUUGGAUCUGGAUGUCUUGGUAAAACUACACUUGCCAGAGUGUUCUACAAGAAUUUUGGUGGGCAAUAUGAUUGCCGAGCUUUCGUUCGGGUGUCCCAAAAGCCUGAUAUGAAGAGGGUUUUCAGGGACAUUCUUUGGCAACUCCAACGUCAACAGCCCCCUCAAGAUUGUAAGCAGCUUGAGCUUAUUGACAGCAUCAGGAAACAUCUACAAGAUAAGAGGUAUUUGCUUAUUAUUGAUGAUUUGUGGGAUGCAUCAGUAUGGGAUAUUAUCAGUCACGCUUUUCCGAAGACAUGCUUGCUCUAUUUUAGUAUGUAUCCAGAGGGCCGUACCAUCUGCAAGGAUGAUUUGGUGAAACAAUGGGUCGCUGAAGGUUUUAUCAAUGCAGCAGAAGGGCAAGACAUGGAGAAAGUUGCAGCAAGCUAUUUUGAUGAACUUGUUCAGCGAAGGUUCCUCCAACCUCUAUGUAUGAACCACAACAAUGAGGUGCUGUCCUGCACGGUUCAUGACAUGAUACAUGAUUUUGUUGCACACAAGUCUGCAGAAGAGAACUUCAUUACGGCAGCAGAUUAUCGUCGAAAAACUAUGGCACUUUCUGAUAAUGUUCAUCGCCUAUCUCUUCACUUCGGCGACUCAAAAUAUGCAAAGAUGCCAGCAAACAUCAGAACCUCACAAGUUCGGUCUUUUAAAUUUUCUGGAUUAUCCAAGUGCAUGCCUUCUGUUGCAGAACUAACGCUUAUUCGCGUUCUCAACAUUGAAUUAUCUGGUCAUCACGGUGACGACAGGUUAGACCUCACUGGGAUUUCUGAACUGUUUCAGCUGAGAUACUUGAAGGUUGCAUCUGCACGUGGUGUCUGCGUAGAACUACCAAACCAUAUGAAAGGGUUGCAAUACUUGGAAACAUUGGACAUGGAUGCAAAAGUGAGUGCUGUUCCAUUGGAUAUUAUUCAUCUUCCAUGCCUGUUUCACCUCCAUCUUCCUAUCGAGACAAGUGUGCAGUUUGAUUGUAUUGGCAGCACAGGAUCCAUUAGCCCGGGGAGCCCUGGAAGUGGAAAGCUCAUCAACCUUAGGGAUAUUCGCCUCACAUGUUCUGUGCCGCCUUCCGACCAUCUUGCGAGAAGCAUGGAAGCUCUCUCCUCUUUGGUCGGAGGACAUGACAAGCUGAAAACUUUAACCAUUGUUCCUAUUGGAACUUGUAGAAAUAAUUUUGUCCGCGGUGGCAGUGCAUCCGAAGUAACAACUGUUUCCUGGGAUGGGUUGACGCCUCUUCUCCAACUUCAAAGAUUCGAGUGGCUGCCCUGCAGCUGCAUACUUUCCAGGGUUCCCAAGUGGAUUGGAGAAUUUGUCAGCCUCUGCAUUCUGAAGAUUUCCAUCGAGGCACUGUCUAUGAAUGAUGUGGCCAAUCUCCAAGAAUUGCCUGCUCUAACUGCUGUCUCGUUCUACGUCCGGACAAGAGUUGCAGAAAGGGUCGUCUUUGGAAAGACAGGAUUCUCUGCUCUCAAGUAUUUCAAGUUCAGGUGCAGCGUACCUUGGCUGAAAUUUGAGACAUACGCAAUGCCAAAUCUCCAGAUUCUCAAGCUUGGUUUUAAUGGUCCGACGGUGGAUCAACACGGCACUGCACGUAUCAACAUCGAGCGCUUGACGGGUCUUAAGGAGAUCUCCGUGAAAAUUGGGGGUGAAGGUGCUGAUGCAGAGUCCGCCUUGAUGGACACCGUUAGCAAUCACCCAUGGAAUCCUAAAAUCAACAUACAGUUAGUGGAUUGGGUAUUUUAUGAUGACCAUGGUAGUGAUAGAGGGAGAGAUGAGGAUAAAUAUCUGGACUUCUAGUAUGAAUAGUUGGGGGAUAUUCUGAUGACAUGCCAUGGGGUUGCUUCACAUGGUGACAGAGUAGAUUUGAACUUAGAAUUUGGAAUGCCACUGAAAAAUGUAUUGGUCAGAUGGAGU